AGAUAUAUCCAGCACCUAAGAGUUCAAGGAUGGAGGCUUUACCACUCUCUAAGCUCUAAGAGCGCAUACUGCCACAUUGAGAGUCACAGGAUGGUUCAACAAAGCCAACUCUGUGUGAGAAUAUGUGCAGAAAGGUAGACUGAACAUGCUUCCCUGAACUAUGGUUAGAAGAAAACCUGCGGAUCACGGAAGAUGAACCAACUCGAGGCGGUCAAAUCUGGGUUUUUAGUAUGCAUAGUGGGUUGCGUUUGCAUCUUUGCCUUCAUCUAUCUCAGGAAUACAAUCACCAAGGAAGUCAACGAGCAAAAACGUUCCCCGGAAUUAGCCGAGUGUGGCUUCUACCCUGAUGAGCUUUGCUCGGCUCUCUUUGAGGGCAAAGAUGCUGCUCCUCAAAUCGGCCACAUGUGCGAACAGGUUCUUCGUGGACAAGCAAUGUCUACCUGCAUACGGACUCCCUGCAACUGUUCAACAAUACAGAAGAGACUCCAUUUCAUCACUAGGCCACUGUCAGAAGAUGAAGGGAACUUCUCUUUGGCAUAUAUCAUCACUAUUCACAAAGAGCUGGAUAUGUUUGUUAAGUUAUUCAGAGCCAUUUACAUGCCUCAAAACAUUUACUGCAUACACAUUGACGAAAAAUCGCCCAAGGAUUACAAGACAGCUGUGCAAACCUUGGUCAACUGCUUUGAAAACGUUUUUAUCGCUUCGAAAAGGGAGAAUGUCGUCUAUGCCGGAUUUUCUAGACUGCAAGCAGAUAUCAACUGCAUGCACGAUUUGAUUCGUUCCAAAACUCAAUGGAAUUAUGUCAUUAACCUAUGCGGGCAGGAUUUCCCCAUCAAAACUAACAAGGAGCUGGUGCAAUAUAUCAAAAGCAAAUGGAAUGGUAAGAACGUGACUCCAGGAAUCGUCCAGCCGCCGCACAUGAAACAUCGAACACACACAAGUUACAACGAAUAUGUACACGCAGGAAAAUCUUAUGUGUAUCCAACGAAGAAGGUGAAAAGUGAACCACCCCACAAUUUGACUAUGUAUUUUGGGAGCGCUUACUAUGUACUCACAAGAAAAUUUGUAGAGUUUGCACUGACUGAUGAACGUGCAAAAGAUUUGCUUGAAUGGUCAAGGGACACCUAUAGUCCUGAUGAGCACUACUGGGUUACACUGAACAGGCUGCCAGAUGCCCCAGGCGCCACGCCAGAUGCAGAGUGGGAAGGAAACAUACGAGCCAUCAAGUGGAAAGACCAAGAAGGGAAAGCCCACAACGGCUGCAAAGGUCACUACAUCAGAGACAUUUGCGUGUACGGACUCGGCGAUAUAAAAUGGAUAAUUGAAUCUCCUAAUUUGUUUGCCAACAAAUUUGAGCCAGAAACAUAUCCGCUUGUCAUGGAAUGUCUUGAGAGGCAUUAUCGGCACAAAGUACUCCAGCAGGCUGAAGUCCCACUGGAAGAACACUGGGCUUUACAGGAACAUACUUACUUGAAUAUGAAGCUGAACAUCUGACUCAA